GUAGCCGACGGCACGUUGGUGCGUUUUCGUGGCAUGGCUUCCGACAUCGACUCGAACACCCGCAUCUUCGUGACGGCCUACCCAUCCGCCGAUGGCGACGGCUACAAGGUGGUCAAGUACAGGCACGACGACGCCUCCCGUCACUGGUCAGGGGCCGCCCAUUCGCUGCGGGACUGCUGCGUCACGCACAUGCAAGCACACCACCUCAUCCCCAUCCCUGGCCAAACACAGUGGGCCAAGCGCCGAGACGAUGAAGGUGCGUAUGCCAUGGCAGGGAGGGAUUCAUGAAUUAUCUGUUCCUCCCUCCGUCGCCUUUUGGGUUUGGGGAUGGGAUGCGAUGCCCACAGGUGCCGGUAGUGGUGACACGAGUGGGUCGUCGUGUGUGGUGCUGGUGGACAGGGAGCCGCAGGAGAGCCACCCCCUCGUUCGGGCCGGCCUGCAGCUGCAUGAAACCGUCGAAGUCAUCGGUAGGUAUAGGCAGGCAAAGCAAAGAGGGAGAGGGGAAAGGUCGCCGCUUGUCGCCCUCGAACUACGUUUCUCGACCUACGCAGGUGUCUACGAGAAGAAAACUGUGGACCUGCCGGACACGUACGUGCGAGAGGAGACCCAUGGUGCCAACAAAGACCUUUUGCGUUUGUGUGUGUUGCCUGCCUGCAGGAGCGGUGGGGAGUGCGUCAAGGCGUCGUGGAACCCAUGGUACCAGCCCUUCAUGACAGCAGACGUCGACGGCGGCGGCAGCAGCAGCAACCCCGAAGACACCUCUGGGGAGGACGGCAGUUAUGGCAACAGCAGCAGCAGCAACAAGACCUACCGGCACGUCAUCCACGCCAUCGCUGUGCGGACGCUGCAGCACUACUCGCCCAUUCUGGCAUACACACCGACGGCAGAUGUCGAGGUGUGUUGUGUUGUGUUGUGUUGUUGGUGGACGCACAGAGAGAGAGAGGGAGAGAGGGACGAACGACCAAAGUUCGGCCUGUGUGUGUGUGGCGUCAGGCCCGUAGCAAUGGGUUGGAUUUCGCCAUGAUGCGUCGGAGGAUCAUCAAACACAUAGCAGGGUAGGGGGGGCUGGGAGGCGAGACAUCACCUCUUGCCGUGUUCCCUUCUUUGUGUGUCUCUGUGGCGCUAUAGGUGUCUGGGUGGCGACGAGCUGGCCGCCACCUACGUGCUGUGGAGCCUCGCCGCAAGGUGCCUGUCUGUGAACACACAGACGGCGUGCCAUCUCUCUCUCUCUCUCUGUGUGUGUGUGUGUGUGUGCAGUUGGUACAAGAAUCGUCGUGGCGAGAGGGUCAACCCCUUCUCGCUGAGCAUCCAACACCCCACCAUGGCCAACACACACACAAAGUCUCGCCUCAUCAACUCCAUAGAGCAACUGGCAAGACACACAGACAGCCACACAGAGAGGGUGAGGGCUCAUCCUUGGUGUCGGUCAUGCAGGUGUGUCGCGUGGUGAGGUUGCCGAUGUCCCGUGAGGCUUUGCAGAAGAUGCGUGUGGCGUCGGCCAAGCACGACGGGCUGGACACUGACGACAUGGUGCCGGGCGUGUUGGCCUUGGCCGAUGGCACGUUGGUGCUGCUCGACGAGACACUCAUGACUGAAGGUGUGUGUGUGUGGGGGUGCGGGCGGAGAUGGAUGGAUCGAUGGGGUGGAUGGGGCGGCUGGGAUGGCUUGUCUUGUCAGGCACGCUGCACCCCCCUGGGCUGUCCAACCUCAUGGCCCUCGACAGAUGUGUACGUCUGUGUGCAAACACGCAGAGGAUAAUUAUUGUGAGAGAGUGUCUGCACCUGUAUGACCAGGUGUCUCAGGGCCUGGUAGAGGUGGACUACGGCGUGUAUCGGAAGGACUACAGCGUCGACCUCAACUUUAUUGCCAUCGCCACAGGUAGGUAUGCUACCGAUUGGAUUGGUGCACACGUGUCGCGUCUCUGGCUGCCCGCCGGUGGCUGGCUAUAGGUUCGUCGCUGCUCAAGUUUGUGGACGUCGCGCUGCCCAUAGAGCCGCUGCCCGUACACACACACACACACACACACAGGAGUCUCAACGAACCAUCCCUCCAGCCAUCAACGCCGUUAUUGUAUGUAUGUGUCUCGUGUCAGGGCUAUGACAUCGGCAGGGACGUCAGCCCGUCAGUAGUAGAGGUUGACGAGUCGAUGCUGGACCAGAUGCGGUAGCCAAGAAACACGGACACAGGCUCAUCGUUGUGUAAUAUGUAUGUCUGUGUGUUGACGAAAUGAAAUGCAGCUUCUACCUCACAGUGGUCAAGUCCCGCUCCCACGACAAGCCCCUCAACCUCACACAAGACGUAAGCCACCAAAGGAACGAGACCGGCCGACACACGCCGGUUGGUAUGCUCAUGUCUCCGAUGUAUGGCGGUGUAUGUGUCAUGUGUCAUGUGCAGCAGAUGGAUCGCAUAGCAGCCAAGUUCGCCGAGGAGCGGGGCAGGGACAGAUCCAUCCCAAGUGAGCAGAGCACCUGCCAACCAGCCACAGCCACAUCAUCUUCCUGUGUGGUGUCUGUGCUGUGCUGUGUCCAUCCAUGCGCAGCCGACACGCUGCACCUGUGGCUCAAGCUGGCAAGGGCCAACGUGGCCACCUACGGCAGGACAGAGUGCGAGCACCACUCGUGGUAAGGCGUAUCUCUAUCUGCUGCACUGGGUGGUGGGUGGAUGUCACCAUCACCAUGAUGACGACGACGUUCGGUGCAGGUUUGACGAUGUGGUUGCGAUGGAGGACGAGAGGCGCAGGCGCGUCAAGGCGAAAAGGGACACCCCGCAGUGCAACUAACUAGUCAAUGACGGACGAAUCACGACUUAGUCGACGGACCGGCCGACUGACUG